AUGGUGCGUACAACACUUCUAGCAAAGGUUGCCCUUUCUCAGCCAUCGUUAAUAGCUCGCUGGGACAAUGUCUCACCAGCUGCCAAAAACAUCAAAUUUACUUAUAACGGGAAGUUGGCUAAUAUGCUGCGGUAUUAUUUAUGGUCAUAUGGCUGGAGCGGAAGACGAUAUGGUUUGCUCUUUCAUGAUCAGUGUUUCGAGCCAGCUCCAGAAGUAAAGGAGGCACUACGUCGUUUGAACUUGAAAGAACCAUGGCUUUUUGAUGAACGCAAAAUACGACUCUAUCAUGCACAUACAAUGAAAUCCCAUGGUGAACAGUUACCAAAAGAAAAGUGGACGAAGUGGGAGGAUGAAACAUGGUAUCUUAAGCCAUAUUUAGAUGAAAUUGAGGAAGAAAAGAAGACGCGAGCAAACACUUCUGGGUUACUCCCUGGUUUUCAGUUAAGAGAACGUCAUUAA